AUGCAUGUUUCAUCAAUCAGUUAUCUUGUAGCUAGCUACCUGAUCGAACUCGGGAAAAUUAUUUAAGAUGGCAGCACAGGGUGUUACCUCCGUGCUAGCGGUUGUAUUGGUCAUCGGAGCCUUCGUGUCCAUCCCUACAGUGCAAUCCAUCGGCGUGUGCUACGGCGUGAAAGGGAACAACCUCCCGCCGCGGAGCGAGGUGGUGCAGCUGUACAAGUCCAAGGGCAUCAACGGGAUGCGCAUCUACUACCCCGACAAGGAGGCGCUCAACGCCCUGCGCAACUCCGGCAUCGCCCUCAUCCUCGACGUCGGCGGCUUCGACACGGUGUCCUAUCUCGCCGCCAGCUCCUCCAACGCGGCCGCGUGGGUCCGUGACAACGUCAGGCCCUACUACCCGGCCGUCAACAUCAGGUACAUCGCCGUCGGCAACGAGGUGGAAGGCGGCGCCACGAAUAGCAUCCUCCCGGCCAUCCGCAACGUCAACUCCGCCCUGGCCUCGUCGGGCCUCGGCGCCAUCAAGGCGUCCACCGCGGUGAAGUUCGACGUCAUCUCCAACUCCUACCCACCCUCCGCCGGCGUCUUCAGGGACGCCUACAUGAAGGACAUCGCGCGCUACCUGGCGAGCACCGGCGCGCCGCUGCUCGCUAACGUGUACCCGUACUUCGCCUACAGGGGGAACCCGCGCGACAUCAGCCUCAACUACGCCACGUUCCGGCCGGGCACCACGGUGAGGGACCCCAACAACGGGCUCACCUACACCAACCUGUUCGACGCCAUGGUCGACGCCGUGUACGCCGCGCUGGAGAAGGCCGGCGCGGGGAACGUGAAGGUGGUGGUGUCGGAGAGCGGGUGGCCGUCGGCGGGAGGGUUCGGGGCGAGCGUGGACAACGCGAGGGCGUACAACCAGGGGCUGAUCGACCACGUCGGGCGUGGCACGCCCAAGAGGCCGGGGCCACUGGAGGCGUACAUAUUCGCCAUGUUCAACGAGAACCAGAAGAACGGGGAUCCCACCGAGAAAAACUUUGGGCUCUCCUACCCUAACAAGUCGCCCGUGUAUCCCAUCCGCUUCUAGUACGUUUAAUUAAGCUAAAAAAGCUAGCUGCACACAUAGCAGUGUUCUUUUUAAUUCCCGAAUAAGACACACAGGGCAGUGGUAACUACUCGUCUACUCCAAUGAAGUACUGCGCGACAGUACUAUAUAUACGUGUGCAUGCACACUUUUCAAUGUAUACUACUUUAAAAAGGCUACCAAUAAUGUCCUAAGUUGAUAUUCUCUUUUUCGGGUUGA